AUGAAGACCUCAACAGCAGGCAUAGCCGCUUUCUUCCUCUUCGCGGGAAGCACAGAAGCUCUCUUCUGGUGGUUCAAGCCCCCCGUCUGGCGGCCCCUGACCCUGAACCUCGGAGGCCUCGGCGGCGGUGGUGGUGGAGGCGGUAGUGCCUGCAACUGCCCCGCCCCCAUCUGUCCGGGACCUACUUGCCCUGACCCGGAUUGCCCCAAGAAUGGCGUAUAUGCGCAGCGCGAGGCGGACUUGCAGAGUUGCCCUGCUGGGGACGCCCGUUUUGACAAGAUGGGUAACUUUGUGGGGUGUGCUUGA